AUUGCUUAGAAAGUUUUGAUGAACAUCUAAUUUUCUUAAUGAAUUUUGGCAUAAGUGAGACAUUAUCGAUGAAAUUUCUUUGAUGAGUUAAUAUUAUUGAAAAAGGAAUUCAUUACUUCUCGCAACUCACUGAAAAGAUACACAAAUUUAGAACUUUCGGUUAAUAUUUCGUGUAUCAAUAAGAACAUUGUACCAAGUGAUUUAGAAUCUUGCUCUUUGUGUAUAUAUUAAUUUGGAGUAGAUGUUUAUGUACUAUUUUUUAAAGUUCAAUCAUAAAAGAAUUUGAAUUGAAAGAAUUGAGGAUUUUUUAUUAAAAAAAUAAAAAAUAAAUAAAUUCAACAAUGUCCACAGCCAAGUGUGCUAGUCUUUUAAAGCAAGAGUUUCCAUCGAUUGACAAUGAAAUGAAACAAUAUAUCGAAGGUGUACUCGAUAGCGGAAUGGACGAUUUUGACAGCAGCGAUGACUUAUAUGAUGCAAUUGGUGCGAUUUUGCAUGAAGUGUCAGAAGAAAAGUCCGAAAAUGAUAUCAGGGAUUUAUGUGAGCAAUUGCUGUGUUUGAUGAAACCGAGCGAGAACAAGAAGAGUGGCACCCAAAAAGUUCUUGAUGCACCAAUAAAUAUUGCCGAGAUGGCUGCCAAUAAUAUAACUAAUGUAACCGAUGUGUCUAGCAUUUGGGUAAUAAAUCGUGAUGACAAUUUGAAAGUUGACUCGAAGAAAUUGGAAAAGGCACAACAAAAAUUACAACAAAAACAGGAAAAACGAUCGGAAGCGCCAAAAGCACCUGUAAUGCCAUUGCAAUUACAAACGGCCACCGCAUCACAAGUCAUCAAUAAGAAGGAAAGCCAAAUGGAUGCAAAAGGCACAAAUCGCUCCAUGGAUAUUCGAAUAGAAAAUUUUGAUGUUUCCUUUGGUAAUAAAGUCUUACUACAAAAUGCUGAUUUACUAUUGGCGCAUGGCAGACGAUACGGUUUGGUUGGACGGAAUGGACUUGGUAAAACUACGUUGUUACGAAUGAUUUCGGGAAAACAAUUACAAAUCCCAGCACAUAUAUCGAUAUUACAUGUAGAACAAGAGGUUAUCGGUGAUGAUACGACCGCAUUGAAUAGUGUACUCGAAUGUGAUUUUGAGCGAACACGAUUGUUAGCAGAAGAAAAGAAAAUUAAUAUCGAAAUCAAUGUAGGCUCAUCAAAUCCUGAACUCAAUAAAAAACUAACUGAAGUAUAUGCGGCCCUUGAAAAUAUUGACGCUGACAAAGCACCAGCUCGUGCAUCUGUUAUUUUGAAUGGCUUAGGUUUCAAUAAAGAUAUGCAAGCACGUGCAACAAAAACUUUUUCAGGCGGUUGGAGAAUGCGUUUAGCAUUAGCUCGUGCCCUAUUUUCGCGGCCCGAUUUACUGUUGCUUGACGAACCAACUAACAUGUUGGAUAUAAAAGCAAUCAUUUGGUUGGAAAAUUAUUUACAAAAUUGGCCAUCAACGCUUCUGGUUGUGUCUCAUGAUCGCAAUUUUUUGGACACCGUUCCAACUGAUAUUCUUCAUUUGCAUACACAACGAAUCGAUGUUUAUCGUGGAAACUAUGAGCAGUUUGAUAAAACACGUACCGAAAAAUUAAAAUCGCAACGUCGUGAAUUUGAAGCACAAUUAGCGCAUCGACAACAUGUACAAGAAUUCAUUGAUCGUUUUCGAUAUAAUGCCAAUCGCGCGGCUAGUGUACAGUCCAAGAUCAAAAUGCUGGAGAAAUUGCCUGAAUUGAAACCUGUGGAAAAAGAAAUCGAAGUAGUAAUCAAAUUCCCAGAUGUUGAACCGCUAAAUCCACCGGUGUUGACACUCAACGAAAUUGCAUUCAAAUACAAUAAAGACAAAGUAAUUUUCACAUGUGUAAAUUUGUGUGCCAAUUUAGAUUCACGAAUUUGUAUUGUUGGUGAAAAUGGUGCAGGUAAAACAACACUGUUAAAAAUAAUUAUGGGCAUUUUAUCGUCAACAAGUGGAACAAUAUCACAGCAUCGUGGCUUAAAAAUUGGUUACUUCGCCCAACACCAUGUUGAUCAAUUGAAUAUGAAUACAACAUGCGUUGGCCUUUUACAAGAAGCAAUCCCCGGUCGUCCCGUUGAGGAGUAUCGACGUCAAUUGGGUGGUUUUGGGAUAUCUGGUGAUUUAGCUUUACAAUUAGUAGCCAGUUUAUCUGGUGGACAAAAAUCACGUGUCACAUUGGCCAAAAUGUGUAUGGCACGACCAAAUUUCCUAAUUCUUGACGAGCCGACCAAUCACUUGGAUAUUGAAACAAUUGCCGCACUGGGCAAAGCGUUGACAGAAUUCAAAGGUGGUCUUGUGCUGGUUUCGCACGAUGAACGUCUCAUUCGAAUGGUUUGCAAAGAAUUAUGGGUCUGUGGAAACGGUACGGUUACCAAUAUUGAAGGCGGUAUUGAUUAUUACAAACAACUUAUUUUGGCCGAAUUGAACGAAGCCACAAAAUAAAAUAAUAACCGGCUUAAAAUACCAAGAAUACCUGUUUAUAUAUAAAUAAUUUGAUUUUAU